AUGGGUUUUCAUGGCCGCACGGCGACAUCUGGAGAAGUGUUUCUGCGAAAGGAUCUGAAGGCACUACGUGCUGUGCAACGUCGUGACUAUGAGUUCGUCAAUAGCCAUCGCAGUUGUCUUCGAAGAACUUCUGUACUGCUUCGUGUGCGUGCUGAAGAACACGGAUUCAUCAUCGACGUCUACAAAGCGCAAUUUUCACUUGAUAAACCAAGACGAUUCGCAAUAAUCUCGUCGGAGUUGGACGAGUUGUAUCGUUUCAAAGAGUUAGCCGUUAAAGGUUUGAUUCUCGAAUGUGCGCCGGAUGGCGACAUGCCGUUACUGUUUCAUGCGGCAUGUCUUCUACCUGUCGACACUGAAUGCUCGUUGACAUUCAAAUCGCUUUGCUUCACCGACUCCGACAUCACACAAGUACUGAUAAUGCUUACACGAAUCCGCUCAAUACCGCUUCUGAAGCUCAAGGAAUGCGUAUUUCCCGCAGAUUCAGUGGCACGUUUCUUUUUGAGUUCACAGGUUGCGUCCCGAUCGUUUCGGAUCGAGGAUGAUCAGUGCUUCACGAAAGGGAACGUACGAACAUCGAAUGAUGUCGGCGACGAACUACUAAGCAUUUUUCUAUUAUCUGAUUGCGAUGCUAUCAGCCUUUCUACCGUCGAAGAGGUGUCGUUUCGUGGUCUCGUCAACUUUAUACGUCGGGAAAUCAACAUGAUGGACGACUUAGCUCUGACGUUGAGCAGACGGAGACGAGCGGCUUGGGAACCUUUCAAGAGUAUCGAAUAUGUGGUGAAGAGAACAAAGGACACCCGAUUCCGUGCUUACCUUUUCGACUUCACGAUGCUACCUUCCCUAUCGCAUUCGUCGCAAACCUGGUCGCUGUGUAAGUAG